UCCGGUGGAGGAUAUUGACGAGGACGACCGCGAGAAUCCGCAAUUGGCUGCGGACUAUGUGAAUGAAAUCUACGCUUAUAUGAGAGAACUCGAGGCUCGACAGAAUAUCCGCGAAAACUAUCUGGCCCUUCAAGGCGGCAAGGUGGUGAUCAAGCCGAAGAUGCGGAACCUCCUCGUGGAUUGGAUGGUGGACGUGCACACGCAAUUCAGUCUCCUCCAGGAGACCCUCUACCUCUCCGUGGCCAUUCUCGACAGAUUCCUGCAGGUGAAGGCCAGCACCCUGACCACCAAGCAGCUCCAAUUGGUGGGCGUGUCCGCCAUGUUCGUGGCCUCCAAAUACGAGGAAAUGUACCCACCCGAAAUCGGUGAUUUCGUGUAUAUUACCGACAAGGCCUACACAGAGAGUCAGAUCCGCAAGAUGGAGAUCACGAUCAUCUCGUCGUUGGACUUUGAAUUGGGCCGACCGCUGCCCUUGAACUUUCUGCGGCGCAACUCGAAGGCCGGCUUUGUGGACGCUCAAGCUCACACUCUGGCCAAAUAUGUGAUGGAACUCAGUCUGGUGGAAUACCGAAUGGCCCACGUGCCGCCUUCAGUCCUGGCAGCCGCCUCAUUAGGGUUCGCCAUGAAGGUACUAGACUCGAGUAACGCCUCCUUAGUCGACCUGUGGACGCCCACCUUGGUCCAUUACACAUCCUACACCCUAGAAGACAUUGCCAGCUCCUUGAUGGCCAUUGCCGAUAUCGUCCAGAGCAUUAACACAGAGGAUGAUAACAACGCUCAAACAGAGUCCGGAACCUCAUCGUCAUCCUCUUCCUCCUCGUCGAAAAAGCGCCUUCGUGCCGUGAAAACCAAGUAUUCCAGCAAGAAAUUCAUCAAGAUCGCCCUCCUCCCACAACUCCGAGAAAGUGUGACCAAGCAAAUGGCCGAGGGGCACUUCUAAAUUCAAAUAUUCUGCCAUUCUGCUUCCUUAUCACUCCACGACGAAUUCUCUCUCCAACGUGUGUGGAGACCCCCCCCGAAGAAGGUGGGGGAUCAUGCCUGACAGGAGGAGGGAGGCAUCCAUGCUUUCAAGUCUCCCUAGGAUCAGACAAUUGUUCUUGGCUCCCCUGCUCCCCUCCCCCCACCCCACCAAUCCUCUGUUCUGUUGUGAUCCGUCCGCUUUUGACCAAUACAAGUACCACCUUCUUGUACACUUUUUACCUCUCUCUCCAUUGCAUAUCAACAACCAAUCUUCACUUCAGUACAUAAAUCUGUCUGUAUUCACGCCAA